AUGAAUUAUCUCCAAAGAUUCAUUUCAAAUCUUUCUGAUCGAACUCGGGUGUUUGCACCUUUAGUAAAAUUAAAGAAUGAUUCACAGUUUGAAUGGACAAAUGAGCAUCAACAGGCAUUUGAUUCCAUAAAAGCUUAUUUGUCCAAGGCUUCAAUUAUAGCAAAUGUUCGACCACACGAGCCUUUAAAAUUGUAUAUUGCAGCAUCUGUAAACACCAUUGGGUGUAUGCUAGCCCAAGAUGAUGAGAAAGAAAAUGAAUGGAUGGUUUAUUACCUUAGUCGAGUGUUAACUGAUAUCGAAACGAGGUAUUCUCCAAUAGAAAAGUUGUGCUUGUCCUUGUACUAUGCUUGUAUGAAGUUAAAGUAUUAUAUGGUUGCCAAAUCGAUAAAGGUUGUAGCACAAACUGAUCUCAUCAAAUACAUGUUAAGUUUCUCAAUGUUACGAGGUCGUUUAGGAAAAUGGAUGCUAGCUUUGACUGAAUUUGAUUUACAGUAUGUCCCGGCCAAAGCUAUAAAAGGCCAGGUCAUUACAGAUAUUCUCGUUGAUAAUUCAAAUCAUCUGAAUGACCAGGGGACAAAUAAAAUCGACAUUGAAGUCGAUUGUUGGAAGUUAUAUUUUGAUAGAUCGAAGCACAAAGAUGGUGCAGGGGUUGGAAUUCUUAUUAUCUCACCAGAAGGGGUUCCAUCAGAGUUUUUGAUCGAGCUGAAGUAUCCUUGCUCGAAUAAUAUGGCAGAUUAUGAAGCUUUAAUUUUGGGUCUUGAAAUAUUGAUCGAAAAAGGGGCUUUGGAAGUCCAAAUCCUAGGCGAUUCUCAGUUAGUUUUAAAGCAGUUGUCGAAGGAAUUUAAAUACAAUAAUGAGAAGUUGCAAAAAUAUUUAACAACGACUUGGGAGUUGUUAACUUCCUUUCGAAAAGUUUCUUUGGUUCACAUUCUAAGGAUUCAUAAUGAGAUUGCUAAUGAGUUAGCCCAAAUUGCUUCGAGAUACAAAGUCAGCCCAGAAACUUUGAAAAAAUUAGCUAGUAUACAUCAAAUUUUGGUGCCUGUGGAUGAAAGGGAGGCUUUCUGUAUAGAUGAACGGGAGGAUAAUGAUUGGAGAAAGCCUAUUGCUGAGUAUUUAAAGAAUCCUAGUAUUCUAGUCGAUAGAAAGGUAAAAUUGCGAGCAAUAAAUUUUGUCUUGAUGGCUGAUGAGUUAUAUAAGAAGGGAAUCGAUGGAAAUUUGUCGAGAUCUUCGAGGAAUAUCAAUAUGGUUACCUCAACCCCUUAUUAUGCACAGGCUAAUGGGCAAGUUGAAGCAGCAAAUAAAAUUCUAAUAGGUUUGAUUAAAAAACAAAUCGGAAAUAGACCUCGAACUAGGCAUGAAACGUUAAGUCAGGUACUAUGGGCUUAUCGAAAUUCACCAAGAGAAUCGACGGGUACGUCGCCUUAUAAAUUAGUUUAUGGCCAUGAUGUUGUGCUCCCAUUGGAGAUUAAUUUGAAUACUUUGAGGGUAUCAAAACAGAAUGACUUGUCAGUCGAUGAUUAUUGGAAUGCUAUGUUUGAUGAGUUAAAUGAAUUAGAUUCAGAGCGGAUAUUGGUACUUGAAAAUAUGAUUCGACAAAAAGAAAGUAUUGCUCGAAGCUAUAAUCGUUGA